UGCUGACCUUAUCUGUCCGUUCUGUCAAUGAGCCAUGGGAUUGAGUUUCCCGUUAUCUCUGUGUUUUGAGCACCUUCAGGUGAUGAUUCGACCCAGCUAUGAUGAGUUCUAGAGACUUUCGAACCCAUUCAGGCACAAAUGUGGACAGCUUUGAAGUUGAAACCCUGUAGGCACUAGGAGUUUGAAACUGAACUAGAACUUUGUGUGAGUUUACACUUUCGCCCACACAACUCAAUCAUACACUUUCAGAAAAGGAAGAAUCUCUCGGUAAAAGCUCAUACUCAUGCUACCUCCAUGCACUAAGUGAGAAGAGACAGACACAUGAGCAUAGUGUGCUACUUUUUGCUCAGAUUUGGAUCAUCUACCUCUACUGCAGUUCCAUUUAAGUAAGUUAUAUUUCAGCUCUGCAUCGGACAUGAUUAUAUCAAAUGAUUUUUAAUAUUCGGCCUGCAGAAUGGCUGGUGAUGGUCUUACUUGCAGUCAACCGGAAUCAUUCAACCAUCCUUUCGAAAUUGGAACGAAAUGAUAGGUUUCGUUGCUUGUGCAAGACAGUAGGGUACGAACAACAGCCAUGAUAGCUGCUAACGAUCCAACGAGGAGUAUGUACAUGAAACCGAAAGGAGAUCGGCAGCAAGAAGCCAAAGGAGUUUAGACAAGGCGCAGAAGAAGAUUGAGCCUUUUCCUUAUUCUGUCCUUUGAUCUCGCUUCGCAAAGUGACACUCCCUCAUGCCUCAUGCGGCAUGAGGCAGGCAUGGGGCAUGAGUCAUGCCUCAUGCCUGGAGUAAAAGAAUUCACUCUCCCGUGGCCCUCAAAUGUUUUCUGCGGUUCCAGUGGUCGCACGAGCUUCCAAAAGAAGUUCUCUUCUUUUGAAAGAAAGAGGAUGCAGCCUUGAGUUACAACGCGUGAGUGCUUUUUGAAACUCAGAGGACGAAGAAGAGGAAAGAGUCGGACAAGGGUAUUACGAGGGAAGUACAUCUCUCUAUCUCGGUUUGUUCAUCGUAUCAAUACCUAACAAAAGAUUCCAGGGUACGAAAGCUGUGGGCCAGAAGUGGGAAAUGGAAACGAGAACAUAUUCCAUCGUGGUUUCGAUGCGGUUUCUGUUCAAGGAAAAGUUUGAGUCUGAUGUAGAGGCUAAAGCAUCACAUUCAGAAGACUUUGCCAUAGCUCUGGCUUUCGACCUUCUCAUUUUCAUUAUCUUAAAUUGAAGCUUUAAGCAAGAUUGAGUGUCGCUUGUGCAUUGGAAUGGAUGUGCUUGUACCUCUUCUUUAUCAUCGUUUUGCCCCCAUAUAACUCCAAGUGAACCCAUUGGCGACGACCCGGGUUGUCACAAAACAUUUCUGUCGAUCAUGAAUUAAUUAAUAUUUUCAGCCAAUGACGAUGACGGAAUUUUUUUUCGCACUUUCGAGGGGAGCGGGCGGGAGCCAGUCACUUUUGUAGUGGCGCAAGAUGGACCAAGAUGAUGUGAGUAAAGGCGUAAACACGGAGGAGUCAGCGGAUCAUAUCAAUGUGUGUCAACUCGCAAUACUACGAUGACCAACCCUAAGGACAACUCGAUGAAAAGGGCGAUUGAGAUUCUCGGAGAAAACGCACUCUUGGAGAUCCAAUCGAACUAGGCUACAAUGAUACGAAUUACGGAGGAGAGGAAUGGGAGCAAGGAGAAGUCAUUGUAUUGGGAUUGAUGCAACAAGGAUGAUCUCACAAUGCCAUUCGAGCAAUACUUCUUGUUGGUGGCAGCCGAAUAUCUCGAUAGAGAAAGGUGCUAAAGGAGGCAAUCGAUACGUUGCACACUCGCCGACUGCCACAGGUUCCAGUACACGCUCUUACUGCAGAUGAUUUCAAUGCAUUCGUUGAAGAUUGCCAGACGUGGGAGCUCGAAGAUGACUUUCCUUGUUCUCAUCUACGACGAAUUUCCUUGUUCUCAUCGACGACCGCGACAGUAUAUCCUUGAACAGAAGAUGAUAUGGACGAAGCCCUGGACAAAAUAUUUGAUAAAGAUGAAUUCAAUGAAUCACCGAGUAAUUAGCUUUUUCCGAUGGACUCAAUAUGUCAAGUUGGAGUUUCCUAGAGUGCGAUUGUCAAGGACUGCAAAAGAUGACUAUGAUGCGUGCAUUCGCCUUGAUAUUCAACUUAGUCGGGACGAUAUCACGAAUGAAGAGAGCGAUCAUUAUAACAUGGACAAAACGAUGCAGCUCUCAGCAACGAUUGAUCAGCGACGGACAAUGUCGACGUUUGUCAAAGAUCUGAUGCUGCAGAACUUGACAUUGCCGACAUCACCAGGAACGUCAAUCAUGUGUUUUUCUAUGAUGAGCGCGGCCAGGGCAAAGGUGCUGACGCGCUAUGCAGACUUUGUCCGCUUCACCACCUUCGACUUCGUCUGAUGCGGCGGGAACGUGGCUAGACAGUGCCACAGAUUUUGUUGUUGACUCUUGAUAACUGUGUUGGUCAAAACAAAUCCAAGGUCGUGUUCAUGUUCUAUGCUGUGCUAUCGCUGCUGUUCUACGACAAGGUCGUACUUCAUUUUUCAUUCCAGAUCAUUCACAUAAUCUGGCUGAUCGCGUUAUUGCUUGGUGUCAGAACAAGAUGCGCGGCAUGAAUCUAUAUAGCCCUGGCGCUAUUGUCUCCGAGCUGAACAACAUCAAAUCUGUGAAAGUUGAUUUUUUGAUCAUGACGGCGACCGAUGAUCAAAAAAUCAAUCGCAAAAAAGGGCCAAAACGGCCCUUUUUUUGCGAAUGUACGCCUUUACUCUCGAAGUACUUCAAAUCGAUGCCGACGAACUACACGGGUAACUACUACUUUGAAAUUGAAAAGGGCGUAGUAAACAUGCGCCAUCUCGCAACAAUGUCUGAUGAUGAAGCUGUUUAGUUCCCAAUGAUUAUCCUUCCAAUGCUAAUGCUAUUCGUGGUGCGAUUAUUUCUGAUUUUUUUGGAUCGGACAUCAAGUCUAUUGAUGACGUUGAAACGAUUGACAACAUACGACUUCCCCAACCUGCGCCGACGACACUGCCGACUGCUGAUGCCCUUGAAACUCGGUUGAAGGCCACAUCGAAGAAGAAACUGGCGGUUGGAGUCGAGAAGCCGAAAACACGCGGCGUCGUACGCCCCAAGGAGCAAGCGAAGAUGCCUGGAGGCCAGACCACACUCUUCUCUUACUUCGCAAAAUAAUUUUUUUUAAAAAAAUCGAGAUUUUUGGCGCCACGACAAACGUCAUGCAAUGCAGUCUAGUGAAGCAAGUUUUAGGUCAAUCUGAAUAUUAUUGACAGAGUUAUUGAUGUUUUGCUAGACCCUGGUGUUUUUUGAGACCCGGGAUGUCGCCAAUAGGUUCAAGUGUUGGAACCUGGCCGUUGUGCCUGUAUUACAAAGCAGCUCCAGCUACAUAUCUCACGUAGCUGCUGGACCUGACAAUGGUUCAACAAUAUUGCGGGAUCAUGAGAACGUUCAUCACUCAGAAGGGUUAUACGCUGGGGAAUCACAAGACUUGGUAAAUUGUAUCAGGGCGUUCCAAUUGGCAGUUGCUCAGUUUCAUUGCUUCUUGUCAAGAGCAAUGUCACGUGCUGAAGAUGAUCAUAAUCCUGUUUGCCAUACCCUUUGAGUAGACAACCAUAGCGACAUCGAUGCAUCCUUUAUUAUCUUAAUCUUACAAUCCAGACGCCACGAAACAGUUUAUACUAAUUAAGUUUCAUUUAACAUAAAUUCGUUAAAUUGCAAUGUCGAAUAAAGAAUUGUAAAAUUAUAAACCG